AUGGAGAGAAUAUUUAGCUACAUUGCAGCGUUCCUAAGUCGUCUGGUGUUCUGUCUUCAUGCGUGUUUUCUGAUAUGGUGGGUGACACAGAUCAAGCAGAACACGAUGUAUUGGUUGUUUCUCGUAAUUUUAUCCAUGCUUUUUAUUGAAACUGCUGUCACCGUGUUCCAUCGUCGCGGGAAUGAGUAUUAUUGGUAAGUUUUAUAGUUAAAGCUAAACUAAUGAAAUUCUGUUUAUGCUAGAUAACUCUGUCAGUUCUAAACCCUUCUCAUGGAGAUCUAUAGUAACGGCCAUCUGUUAUUGGGAGAAAACCCUUAAUACUAGGCUAACUUUGUUUUUGCAGGGUAGCUGUAUCAGUUUUAAACUGUUCUCCCUAUAGAAGUGUAUACAGGAUAAGGCGAUCUGUUAUUGGGAGGAAACCCAAACUAAACUAAACUAACAUUAUUUAUACUGGAUAGCUCUAUCAGUUCCAAACUGUUCUCCCUGGAAGUUUAGUGAAGUCCACCUCGUAUUGAGAGGAAACCCAAACAAAACUAACUUUAUUUAUUCUGGAUAGCUCUAUCAGUUUUAAACUGUUCUCCCUAGAAGUCUAUAGGAAAGGCGCUCUCUUAUUGGGAGCUAGGAACCCAAACUAAAUGAACUUUAUUUCUACUGGAUAAUUAUGUAAGUCUCUAUAUUUAUACUGGAUAACUGUUCUCUGUGAAAGUCUAUAACGGCCGUCUCGUAUUGGGAAGAAACCAAACUAAACUAACUUUAUUUAACUGGAUAGCUCUAUCAGUUCUGAGAUUAUGUAAUCAUGACUCUCCAAAACGUUAUCUCAGGGUUUCAAGAAUUAUUCUGAGUAAGUGGCUGUGUUGAUAAAGUAGGCAGCUGCAUGUGGGGCUGGAGUCUAGGGAGUGUUAGAGUCAUCCAAAUUAACUAGACAUAUGAGUGUAUAUUAUUGAUUAGAUAGCAACACAACUGAGCUCUGUAAUCAAAUUAUAAUGUAUCACUACUUUCAUUCUUCAACAAGAUAACUUCAGGAUUUAAGAUGGCAAAUAACUAAAUCAGUUUUACGAAAUAGUAAGUCGUUUUCGAAAAUAACCAGGCUACAAAGUAGAGUAGGUUGAGGAAAAAUAACUUUGUUUGAGAGCUUAGAGUGGAGGAAGGGGAGCAGAAUUGACAUUUCAAGUACAAAACAAAGUAACUGGCGGUAAACCUAUAUAGUGGCAUCCGCCGGCUUGUUUUGAAAGCCCUGCAUCUUACUCACAUAUAAAACGUUAAAGUGUCUCAAAAACGAAACCAAAUAUCGUAUAACUGCAAAAUUUAUGCUAUAUGUUACAAAAGUUCUUUCUAAACCAGAACUAUACUUAUACAUUUUGUUAGCGAUACCCUUCAAGUAAUUUUUUUGUUAUAGGUUUUGUCCGAGUAUCUUCAUAUUUACGAUCACAGAGAUUCCAUGUUUUUGGUUGUUACGUCUGCAGCUUGUCGAUUGUGUACAGAAUAAUCUUCGUUUUAAUAAUGGAAUCACAUGUUCGACCAGUAUUAAUGGUACCAAUCCAUUGGGCGAGGUAUGGUCAAGGCCAAUUUUAAAUUCGUACACUAUAUACUUGUAAUACUUAUGCUACUUAUAUUUAUCAAAUACCAAUACAGGCGCAUAUGAAAUUACAUACAAAAAAGAUACAAAACGUAUCGUUAUAAUAACUAUAAAAUAUAAGAUUAUAAAGAAUGCAUAUCACACUUUUUAUGCAUGAUAAGCCUAAUAUGCAUGUUUAUCAUGAAAAUAUUUUGCUAUAUUUUCAUGAUACAUUAUUUGUAUCAAAUAAGUGGAAAGAACUAUUGAUAUCAUACAAAUUAUUUUAAAAAGUAUUUCGAGUUUCUGAAAUUUUUUGGGUUGGAGCAUGACAUUAAGUAUAUGAACCGAAUUUUGGUUUAACGUUUUUUCGAAGAGAAUUGAAAUACUUUACACGAUAGACAAAUUAUUCAAGACAAUGAGGAGUUGAAUUAUUUUUGAGUCAAAAGAAAUUUUAGAUAAAUUGCAAAAAUCUUUAUUUUAUUUAGAUAUUUUCGUCGACAACAAAUGAUGAAUCUCGACUUUCUAUACUCGACCAGACAUUCGUCCUUCUCUUGGUUGUGGGACGUUGGAUGUUGCCUAAAGGAGAGAUAUCACGUGACCAGCUAUCUAGCUUGCUAUUGGUUUAUAUCGCCACAGCAGCAGAUAUCGUCGAAAUGACUGAGAUAUAUGAAGAUUCAAGCGUUGGUGGAAACGACCAGUAUGUUUACGAGCUUGUUUUCAUUUUUAGAUCCUCUUGCAGAGGAAAGUCCCUGUUAGGAGCUGGUCACUUGAUCUGCCAAAAUCUUGCAGAUUUUUAAUUAAGGCUGUUUCGUAGGCCAAAAAAUUAGCGGCCUGUAAUUUCAUGGAAAAAUUUGUAGGCCAACUUUACAGUCGGUUUUAUAAACACUCGGAAUCCCUUGCCAGAUAAAUUUCUUGGCAACGAAAGAAAAACAAAAACUGAACAGUCAGAAAAUAACUUUCAUCGCAAGACAAACCUAAAAUUGAAUUUUUUGGAGGUCGAAAUUGGCAUGGCCUACAAGUUUUGAAAUUCAUUGUAGGCCAGAAAAAAUUCUCAAUUCGCACCCUAAAAUCACGUGGCCAUCUCCUACCCGGGUCUGUGGUCUCCAAGAGGGAAAACCCUGGGCACGAGGUUUAGUUCUUGCAUUCAGCUCGUUGUAACAUUCCUUCUUUAUAUCGUUCAGUUUAGUACGAGCAAUCCUCACCGUAUGGUCAAUGAGUCUGCUUCAAUUCUCGGUGACGGUGAUGGCGGCGGAGACGCGAGCCAAAGAUCGCGAGGAAUUAAAGGAACAACUUCUCAAACAAGAGGCUUUGAAGGAAGAAGAACGUAACUUGAAAAUUAAACGAAAUCAGGUUAUAGUUAUAUCUGUGUUUUAGACUUUAUUUCUCUUUGAUAAGAGAAAGUUUGUUGAAGGAGCAGUCAUUAAUUUCAUCGCCCACCUCCAACUUACAACGUUACACAUAUCUUCAUAAUGUAGUUUCUGUUUGAUUUUGGAGUUCAUUUUACAAGCCAUUGAAUUGCUGAUAUUUUUCAACAAUUACACUUCCUUAAGUUUUUUCCCGCCCCCCCCCCCCCCUUAUGGCCACCCCAAAUAUCUCCCCACCCCACCUCAACCCCCAUUAAUAAUGACAGCUUCCUUACUAUCUUUGUUCUUGUAGGUUUUGCCAGCAUUGUACACACACAAAGUGGCCCACAAGAAAGCCAUGGAGAAACAAAAAGAACGAAUCGCCAACCUUCAACUAAAACUACAAACUGAUACAAAAAUAGAUUUUGCCGAUGUGUCAGCCGAUAAUGAAACGAACAAAGAUCAUGUGAAGAAAAAUAUUUUCAUUUUUGGGAUGUGCUUCAGAGGUUUAACAAACUUUCAAAACUUUGUUCACAGGAAUUUGAACUUAAUUCAACUUUUGACACCAAUGUUGCUGCAGGAUGGCCCCUUUCUCAUUGUACGACUUGUCUUGGUGUCUUAUUAUAAAGUUACAGGUAUGAUUUCUAAGAAUUUUGAGGAAACUUGUGUUAAAGGGAUAUGGUAAUUAACUUUGUCUUAUUUGAAAGAACUUUUAAAGUUAUAUAUGAAGACCGUUUACAACUUUUUAGUACCUUGCUUGGUUUUCGAAAUAUUUUGACCAAAAACAGUGUGCAGUCCUCCAUCUUGGUGUUAUAACUGACCUAAUUAAUUGACCAUUUGCGUAAUAGACAAAAGUUUGAUCUAAACAAGUCUAGACAAAAAUUUCAUCACAGCUUGAAAGAGCAUCACAAAAUUAGUAAUAUUCCAAAGUUUUGUUGCGAAAUGUUGUAAAAUGCGGAUAAUAUAGCCUUGCGAAGUUUUCAGUCAUUUUAGAUUACAAACGGGAAAUUGACAGCCUCAAAGCGUAUCGGGCUGUCAAUUUCCCGUUGGUAAUCUAAAAUGACUGAAAAUUGCAAACUUCGCAAGGCUAUAUUAUUCGCAUUUUACAACAUUUCGCAACGAAACUUUGGAAUAUUACUAAUUUUGUGAUGUUCUUUCAAGCUGUGAUGAAAUUUUUGUCUAGAUCAAAAUUUAGUCUAUUACGCAAAUGGUCAAUUAACUGAGUUUUUGAUGACGCCAAAAGCAGGGUAAACUUGUUAAAACGUCUUCAUGUGGGACUAGAAUAACAGUAUAACUCAUUAUCUACGUUAGUCAACGUUUAUUCAUAAUAUGGUCCUUCAUCGUCACGUGUGUAUUGUAUUUUUGCCAAAUCCACCAAUAGCAAUUUCCAAUUUACCCCAUUGUUCGAGUCAUGGAUAGGUAACUUUCCUAAAACAUUGCUAUUGGUUAGUUGGGCAAGAAUACAAUACACACGUGACUGUGAAGGACCAGAUUUAUGAAUAAACAUUGACUAACAUAGAUAAUGAGUUAUAUUGUUAUUCUAAUGAGUUUCACAGCCAUCUUCCCUUCGAUAGACUAUGCAUGCUUUCUCUAAGCCCAGUUUCUACAAAUCUAUUAUUUUAGGUAGCGGUACCUUCCUGUUUCUAACUGCAAAGAAUGCGUUACUGGUCAUGUUGCAAGUUUACCGGAUAUGUGUGUUGUAUUGCCAACCGCCUGAGGAGGACCACAACCUAUUCUACGAAGAUGAGGUUAUUAGAUUACGUAAUGUACAGACAGCGAUAAAGUCUGUGCAAAGAACGACGUAUGCAAUGAGGCUUGUCGCAAGACUACAAAAGAAAGUAGAACAUAAAUAAGAUAUUGCUCACCCCACAAUUCACCCUACAAUUUUGUAAAUAACGUCUCCUCCCAAAGCUUUGGUGAAAUUAAUGCUCUCCUGGGAAAGGGCGGGUAGAUUUGCCAGAAAGAACAGUUUAUAUUGAGUAAAAUUCAGUUUGCUAAGAGGCUAUUCAUGCAUAUAUAUGAAUGUGAUAUGUUAAGCCCUGGGCAAACUAGGAAACAUUGUUGCGGAAACAUUGUUUCCUGCCAAUGUUUUGCCAUGUUUCCAAGAGUGGGCAAACACUAGGCCGCAUUAGUGAGAAACAUAGGGAAACAUCAAAUGUUUCUGAAUUUGGUAGGAAACAUUUUUGCUUCCCGGGAAGCAAAUUUUGUUUCCACAACAAUGUUUCCACGGGUGGGCAAACAGGGAAACAUUCGAGGAAACAUCGAGAAUCACAAAUGUUUCCGCAACAAUGUUUCCUAGUUUGCCCAGGGCUUUAAAGGCGUACGGGGCUUUUCCGGGGGGGGGGGGGGGCAGUUGAAACUUUCGCCCGAAUUUUUAUAGAAAGUUAUGUAAUAACAUAAUCUGAAUUUAACAUAUUUUCUGAUAAAUCUGUCCGAAUUUUUUUGAUUUUCCCUAGCAUUAUUUUGCCC